CCCAAUCCAUUCCCUUACGUCAUCUCUGUCUCUCUGCUUCCAUCCUGUAUCUUUUGGCUUUCACAAAACUUGAUCCUUAUAGAGUCAUCCUAUUCUCUCUCUCUCUCGUGUUGUUGUUGGAGCAACUGCAACUAUUGUGAAAGAAGGUAUAUGAAGAAGAUUAAUAAAUAGAGUUCAGAAUCUGAAUUUACUUCUCAACUGAGAGAUAAUACACUUUUUCUAUACAACUCAUGAUUAUAUCACUCCCCUUUGCACCUCUUCCUUCUUGCAUAACCAUUACAUGCUCCAAACCUUUUUCCCAAAAUAAUCACUUAAUCAAAUCCUCUAUUCCUCCUUUCCUACUCCUGAGAAAUGCCAAGACAUCAACAUUUUUAUGUAGUGCUACAAGUGGACGAAGUGAAAAUCCGAACAGUUUGGAUUUUGAUAUAGACAUCACUGAGGAAGAUCAGGUGAUUGAGGAUGAUGAUUAUGGUGGAUUUUCAACUCAAGGGAUGGAAACAAAGGAUAUUUUUGAUGUAGAUGAAGUUGAUGGCAGAAGAUAUUCAGGUGGAGGACCGUAUAAAGGUGGGGAAGAAGAGAAGGAUUUUGAUAGAAAUCCAGAAUUUGCUGAAAUACUUAAUGGUUUUCUUGAUGAUCCUCAGAAAGCACGAUCCAGAGUGGAAGAGAGACUAAGAAAGAAUAGGAACAAAAUACUGCACACAAAGACGGGAUCAGGAGUACCAAUGAAAGUGUCAUUUAAUAAAUUUGAUUUUUCAAACUCAUAUAUAUGGUUUGAAUUUUACAAUGCUCCAUUGGAAAAAGACGUCUCCUUAAUUUGUGAUGCUAUUCGAGCAUGGCACAUUGUAGGACGUCUUGGAGGAUGCAACGCCAUGAACAUGCAAUUGUCACAGUCUCCAUUUGAAAAACGACCAAGUUAUGAUUAUAUUCAGGGAGCGAAUGUAACACCAACUACAUUUUACAACAUUGGGGAUCUUGAGGUUCAAGACAACUUGGCUCGAAUAUGGGUGGAUAUUGGAACUAAUGAACCAUUGAUUCUAGAUGUUUUGAUAAAUGCGUUGACCCAGAUAAGUUCUGACUUUGUUGGAAUCAAGCAACUAGUGUUUGGUGGAGAAGAAUUUGAGAACUGGAAUGAGGAUUUAACAUCAGAGGAUACUGGUUAUGGUGUUCACAAGGUCUAACUAAUUGUCUAGGCAUAGUCAUAUGAAGAGAAAAUCAUGAUAUGUAUCUCUUUUGGUAGGACUGUUCAUGGUUCAAUUCAGGCAGAAAACCGAACUGAACAAUAACCAAAGUUGUAAGCAUGUGUCUAUUAACUCAAAUAGUAAAUCAUUUGACCAAUAACAUUAGCAACAAAUUCCAUGAACAAGCUAUGAGGAGUGAGUAGAUAUAUAGAGGAUGAAAUUAAAUUUUGAAAAGUGUUUGCAACACUCAUUUUAACACCCAUUUCAACAUAAGCUCUUUUAUUCA